AUGGAUUUGGGAGGACAAGUAGACGCCGCUUACUUCGACCUUAAAAAGGCAUUUGAUGUUGUGGAUAAUGACAUAUUAUUACAGAAACUGGCAGCUUCAGGCUUUACGCCCAAACUUCUGCAAUUUUCUGCGAGUUACUUGGGAAGUGGCGAGCAGUCGCAACAUUUUUUGGACCCAAACGACGAGGAGAACAACGCUGGAUACAAUUUUAGAGAGUUGUCUGGAGCAGUGUGUACAUAUAAAAUAGUCCAAAUGACAGGUGAAGAGGCUACCAAUACCAUUACAACACACUCUCCAUCCAAUGGUAUAUCAAAUGCAGAAUACUUCGUCAUAGGAGAGCCCGCUGACGUGUUUGGAACGACAGCAACACAGAAAAAAAUUAUUCGGAAAAAUCCUUUACAGGCCAAAGCUGUUACAGCAAAAAAGCGCGACGACAAACGACGAGCAACGCAUAAUGAAGUAGAAAGGCGUCGUCGAGAUAAAAUCAACAGCUGGAUUACCAAAUUAGCUGCUAUGGUACCCAAUUCCGGUCUUCCAGAUACCGCAAGUAAAGGAGGUAUACUGGCUAAGGCAUGUGACCACAUUGCUGAGUUAACAGAAAAACAAAAGAGAUUAGAAAAAUUGGAAGUGGACAAUGAAAAACAUGUGCUGGAGAUUUUGAGACUCAACCAGGAGAUAGCAGAGUUACGGAAGGAAAACUCUGCAAUGAGAUGCCAGCUCGCCGACAACUGUAUAGUAGUGAACCAAAGGUCAAAAACUCAAAAAUCUUAGCUGAUCGUAGGAACUGUGUAAUAACAAAGGUGCUGAGUGAAGUGUGGUGUGUGGUUGUGCCCUCACAUUGGCUUAUGAAUGAAAAACAGGUAUGUUAUAGUAUAAAAUGAACAAUGUACCCCUUUGACAUCACAGAUUUUGUUAAUUUAUGUUGUAAGAAUCAUUUUGUGUUCAAUAGUAUGUGAACUGAUAUUAUAUGUAUAUUCAGAAUCUACCCUUUGCCGCGUUUCAAUGAAGGCAUUGCCGCAAGUGCGGGCGUAGCUCAUCAAUAUCACUUUAAGUUAUGAAUGAGUAGGUGCUGCCCCCUGAUAGCACUAUAAACGUAAACGCUCUGCAUCUGCGCCCAGCUCUUGUUGUGCAUGGCCUUAAUUCAACCGGCGGACCGAUUACUUGCUUAAAUAUACGAACUAACUUUUCAGUAUUGCAAGCUUACAUGCUGUGAUACAUAACCUCUCAAUUUUUUUCACCAAUGUGACCUUUACCUGUAACUGUAUGGCCUAUUCGCCGCAUUUAUAAACCAUAUAAACGCUAAUACAUAUUUUUAUUUUAUUCGUAAAUAAAUAUACCUUCCGCCUUAUCAAUUGAAAAUCAGAUGUUUGAUAUGUUCUGUCAACUAGUAAAAAUAAAUUUUACUUUAGAACCUGAAGUAUCAUUGUUAUUGGUUACAGCAUAAAUUGUAUAAUUUGAAAUAUGUAUUGUUGUUAAGUGUCUGUAAUCUAUUGAACGAGGCACUAAGAAAUACCUAGUUGCGCCUAAGUAAGUUUUGCAAUAAGCAUAUUUUGUAAGAUUAUUAUUGAUAGAGGUGAGAAUAUUGUUAUACACAUUGACCAUGAGAGGGUCUACUUUACAAUUAAAAACUAAUCUAAAUGUUAUUACUCAGACAAAUUAGUUUUAAAUCUUUACCGUUGUAGAAAUUAAUAGAACUUUUCAACUAUCGUCAUUACAAAUAUUAUUACCAUAGUAGAAUUAGAACCAGUAUGGUAACUCCACACAAGCAUCGC